CUCCAGACCCGGCCCAGAGCUCUCCUGCCUGCUCGCCCCGGCCCGCCCGUGCGCUCGGUUUUUGCAGUCGCCUCCGCCAGAGAAGCUGUGCCGCACUAUUCCCCAGGAAGGCAGGGCCCAGGGGCAGGCCAGCGGGGCAGCCAUGGAAGCGGCGGCGCGGAAGCGGCAGCACCCGGGAGCGGCGGGCGGUCCGGGCGCACAGCCGGGCGCCUCCUUCCUGCAGGCCAGGCACAGCUCCAUCAAGGCUGAGGAGGCCACCUGCACGGCGCCCUUCCACCUCGACCUCUGGUUCUACUUCACGCUGCAAAACUGGGUUCUGGACUUUGGCCGUCCCAUUGCCAUGCUGGUGUUCCCUCUUGAAUGGUUUCCACUCAACAAGCCCAGCGUGGGGGACUACUUCCACAUGGCCUACAACGUCAUCACACCCUUUCUCCUGCUCAAGCUCAUCGAGCGGUCCCCACGCACCCUGCCACGCUCCAUCACCUACAUCAGCAUCAUCACCUUCAUCAUGGGCGCCAGCAUCCACCUGGUUGGUGACUCCGUCAACCACCGCCUGCUCUUCAGUGGCUACCAGCACCACCUGUCUGUCCGGGAGAACCCCAUCAUCAAGAAUCUCAAGCCUGAGACCCUGAUCGAUUCCUUUGAGCUGCUCUACUACUAUGACGAGUACCUGGGCCACUCCAUGUGGUACAUCCCCUUCUUCCUCAUCCUCUUCAUGUACUUCAGCGGCUGUUUCACUGCCUCUAAAGCAGAGAGCUUGAUGCCAGGGCCUGCCCUGCUCCUCGUGAUGCCCAGUGGCCUGUACUACUGGUACCUGGUCACGGAGGGCCAGAUCUUCAUCCUCUUCAUCUUCACCUUCUUUGCCAUGCUGGCUCUCGUCCUGCACCAGAAGCGCAAGCGCCUCUUCCUGGACAGCAACGGCCUCUUCCUCUUCUCCUCCUUCACCGUCACCCUCUUGCUUGUGGUGCUCUGGGUGGCCUGGCUGUGGAAUGACCCUGUACUCAGGAAGAAGUACCCAGGUGUCAUCUAUGUUCCUGAGCCCUGGGCUUUCUACACCCUCCAUGUCAGCAGUCAUCAUUGAGUCCCUGGCACCAGCCUCCGGAGCUCUGCUGGGAAAGGGGCCAUGGAGGUGUGAGCACAGGGUGUGUGCUGGUGUGCACGUAGGUGAGUGCAGGUUCAGCCAGUGCUGAGAACACGGCUUGAGUACGCCUCCUGCCCGUAGACUGGUGUGUAUGCGAGCAUGUGGCUGUUUUGUGUGUGUGUGUGUGCAGAGUCUCGUGUUGUAAGACUUGACUAUUCUGGUUAAGUUUCUGUUUGGUUUGGAUCUUUUUAGGAUCAGAUUUCGUUUUAGGGAGGAUGUUUAGGCCAGGAUCCACACCCUGGCCCUCCUCUGCACCUGAUGAUGUUGGAGACCCCUGCUUAGGGCUGGUCUCUUCUUCCUGGGCAGGAAAGGCCUGGGUGGGACAGAAGCUGGGAGGGAACUCGAUGUGUCACCCACCACUGCCCGGCUCACCCGCAGGCCUCCACCUGACCCUGGCUGCUAGGUUACCAGAGUCAUCAACUUUCUGUGCACUGUCGCACAGUGCACUCACUUCCCUCUCUGGGCCUCAUGUGCACUGGAUGGGCCCAAAGUGAGUCAGCGGGCUGCACACCCCCUCAAGGCAGCCUGGGGAUGGACAAGGGGGCUCUGUCCUUUCGCUGCCCCCUCCCAGGCUGGGAUGGUAUGUGCACCCCAGAUUCACCACUCUAACUGCACCAGGCUGAGCUUGGGGUCUAGCAAUGCUGGCUCUCCAGCCCUCUGCCUCUCCCUCCACUGGAGGCUCUGUCUCCCUGCUCCCCCUCCAGAAUUGUGGUACCCACGUGUCAGCCUGACCACAGGUGUUUGACCUGCCCCUAAAGGCAGAGUUCUCAAACACUUGCCCUGCACCCUGUGCCCCAUGAGAGGGGUCAGGGGACAUGAGGCCCUCUGUGGUCAGCCUCCCUCAGCCUGAAUCCUCCCCAGAAAAGGGAGGCCUCGCUCAGCACACUGGGCCUCCCAGCCCGCCCACCUUUUCCCAGCCAUUGGGUCCAGAUCCCCUCAUAGGGAAAGGCUGCACUGGCCCAUGUGCACUUGUGGGUCUCAGAGAUCUGCCUUGCCUGACCCAGGUCCUGCCUCCUCUCCUGGGCUCUCAGGGAGCCCCAUACCUCGGAUUCUCCUUUUUAUGUUGGGGUAUCCCCACUCCCUCCUUAGGAGUCCCCCAGCUCUUGGUUCAGUCCCCAUCACUGGCAGCAUGGGACAGGUGGUGAGGUGAGAAUAAAAGCUGGUAUGGGGCCAAGCCUGGCUGGCAGCUGUUUCUUGCCUGGGUGUGCGUCGGGAGGCAAGAGGAAGUGGCAGAGAGGCUACACGGGGCCCCAGGCUGCAGCCAGAGGCCUCCUAGCAGCAGCCCUGGUCCUGCUAAGAGCAGGUGCUCGCACUGGCCUCCGUGCCACAGGUUCCUAAGGGUGAGGGCAAGAUGGUCCUGGUCCUCUGGUCGGUCCCAGCUCUUUCCAAAGGAGUCUGGGGUCAUGGGGGCGAGGGCAUCUCCAGACCUUUCCCAUCUGGCUGGACCUCCCAACUGCGCAGCCUGUUUCAGAGCCUGAAGCAGAGGCUGCCCUUUGGGGGAAAGUGGGAGGCGGGUUGGUAGGAGGUUGGCACUUAACCUUAGGCAGGUCACCUGACCUCUUGGGGCUUUAGCUCUUGGUAUGCAAAGGUCUCAGCCUCACAACACAACUACCAGAGACUUACAGGGGCUUGUGUCAUCAGACAACACAGAGGAAAGGCAGUGUGGGAUGGGAAAUGGUCCCAACCAGGUGUCCUGUCCCCCCGCCUGACCAGCAAACUCACUUGCUUCCAUCCCCACAUCAAGGAUACUGUUCUUGCAAACACUGGUUCCAGAAGUGUUCUCUACAGAAGGACUUAAUUUCCUACGCAGGAGUCUGAUGGUAUGGGGUUUGAAGCUUAUACAAUUUAAGGAGCCCU